AAUAAGGGCGUGACGGUAUUGUGUGUACUGGUUUUUUGGGCGGAGCUCGUUUUGGGACAACAAGGCUACUUUGAAAAAAAGAAGAGAGAGAAGAAAGCAUAAGCUUUUACUUUUUGGGACGAGGAACAAAGAAAAGGACUAGUAAUCAUGAACAAACUAAUGGAUAGGAUGACCAAUGUGGUCAUGAAUUACUCUGAUGUCGAGACUAAAGUCCGUGAAGCAACCAAUGAUGAUUCCUGGGGGCCCCCUGGUACGCUAAUGGGAGAGAUUUCCAAAUAUACUUACACUUACGAGCAUCAUCCUGAAGUGAUGGCCAUGCUCUGGAAGAGAAUGUUUGAAUCAAAGAAAAACUGGAGAAGAACUUAUAAGUCCUUGCUCCUUCUCUCUUAUCUUAUUAACAACGGCUCUGAGCGUGUGGUCACAAAUGCUAGGGAACAUAUUUACGAUAUGAAGCCACUUGAGGAUUACGUCUUUCGUGAUGAACAGGGAAAGGACCAAGGAAUUAAUGUUCGUCAGAAGUCAAAAGAAAUUAUUUCUUUCCUUCAAGACGACGAGAGACUCCGAGAGGCUAGGAAGAAUGCUAGGAAGACUCGUGAUAAGUUUGUAGGGAUAUCAUCCAAUGACGUCAACUCUCAAUACAGCGAUCGUUAUGAUCCUGAACCCAGGCCUCGCUCUAACUUUCAAAACAGCCCGAGGUCCAGAGAUUAUAAAGAUGACUUUGAUGACGAGGAAGAUCGUAUAUCUAGGAAACCCUACAGAGACAUUGACGACGAACAAGUGACUAGAAAACCUUAUAGAGAUGAGAGCCCAUCUCCAGAAAUCUCUAGGAGAGACCCUGAUAUUGGAGAAGAUGUUUUUAAAAGUCAAAAGAAGCCGUCUUCCUCUGCUCCUUCCACUGCUACUGCCCAGCCUUCUAAACUAGUGGAUCUUGGAGCUGCUGCUAGAUUAGGGGUACCCAGUCAACCCCAGCCUCCUCCUCCCUCCUCUUCAAGUGGACUAGAUGAUAUUUUUGGUGACUUCUCUUCCUCUCCUGCCAUGCCAAGAGCAGAUCAUCAGCCACAGCCAGCACAGCAACAAUCAGGUGGUUUUGCUGAUUUUGGAGAUUUCUCUUCUGUUCCUACAGGAGGAGGAGGAGGAGGCAGCAGUGCUUCUGCUGCUCCUUUUGCUGAUUUUGGUUCCUUUCCCUCUCAACCACAGCAGCAGCAGCAGCAGCCACAAGCUCCUCAACCUGACAUUCUUUUUGCUGAUUUCUCUUCAUCGGGCUCACAACCUAUGAUGCCAUCACAAACAGCACCUCUAAUGCCAUCAGUAUCAAAACCUGUUGCUGCCACUACUACUGCCCCAAAAUCCACACAACAGUCGGAUCGUUCAAAGUCUAAGUUAUGGACGACACCAGGUGUUAACAUUGAUCUUGACAACUUGAUGAGUUAUAAGCCAAAGAACACGACGGCAGCCCCCACAAUGAAUCAAAUAUCAGGCACAGCAUCUCCUGGUCAGGUUCGCUCCUCCCCAUCCUCAGGUCCCAAUUAUAAUGUAGAUCUCUCCGGAAUGAACCGGGGGCCGCCAACAGGACCUGCAAUGGGCUCGUUUCAUACCGGCAUGAUGUCCAGUGGCAUGGGAAUGGGAGGAAUGAAUCCUGGAAUGGGAUCUGGCAUGGGAAUGGGAAUGAAUCCUGGAAUGGGAUCUGGUAUGGGAAUGGGAAUGAAUCCAGGAAUGGGAAUGAAUCCAGGAAUGGGGAUGGGGAUGAAUCCAAGUAUGGGAGGAAUGAAUCCUGGCAUGGGAAUGGGGAUGAACCCAGGCAUGGGAAUGGGGAUGAAUCCGGGUAUGGGAAUGGGAAUGAAUCAAACAGGUAUGAGGAUGACACCAGGUUAUGGUAUGGGAGGGGGAGGCUACUCACAAUUCGGAGGACUUCAGUAAAAACUAUUUUUUUAUUAAUGAGACAUUCCCAUUAUAACUGCUACUGUGGUCAACCAUUAUUAUUAUUAUUAUUAUUAUUAUUAUUAUUAUUAUUAUUAUUAUUAUUAUUAUCGUUAUUAUUAUGCAAUGGAGG